AAAAGCAUACCACAAUUUCCAAUCCGCUAGGGUUUUUUUUUCAUUUCACAGUGAACACUCAGAAAUGGCUUCCCACACCCUCUCGGCGCUCCCAAUCUCUCAAUCUUGUCACCGACUCACUUCCAAUUCUUCUUCUUCUUCUUCUUCUUCUUCUUCUCUCACUCUUCCAUGGCGUCUCAACCCUCAUAACAAUUUGGUCAGCUCUCUAAUCGGAAAUAAGCUCUCCAUUCAACCCUCCACUUCCAAACCUCUCGUCUCCAAGCAUCGCUCGCCCGUCGCCACCGUCCUCUCCAGCCUCCCAACUCGGAAACCAGAAGGGGCUUCUUCUGAGAAAACCCCAAAAUGGUCGGCGCGGGCGAUAAAGUCGUUUGGGAUGGCGGAAUUGGAGGCGAGGAAGAUCAAGUAUCCGAAUACUGGGACCGAAUCGCUUCUCAUGGGGAUUUUGGUUGAGGGUUAGUGAUUUUUGCAAAUUCUUAAGGUUUC